UAUGAAGAUGGGGUCAUCACUUCACGCCACUAUCUUGUUAUUUUUAUUCGUAGUGAGUCAGUUGACUGACACUGGUGCCGAAUGCCCGCCGGACGACGUCUCCAAAGUCUUGCAAAAAAUUCAAAAACUUGAGAAGAGGCUCUUUGAGCAGCUGACCACAGUGAAACAACUGAGAACUCCAAGCGGCCUGUUUGGAUCAAACCAGUGCUCUUCUGGGCCUAAGGGUCCGCCUGGAAAACCCGGUGACCCAGGACCCGUUGGGCCCAAUGGUCAGGACGGGCCCGUGGGGAUGAAGGGUCGACGGGGUGACCCCUGUAUCCCGGGACCCCCAGCGUAUUUGUAUCCAAUAAAAGGGUAUCGAGGAAACCCAGGUGCAAAGGGAAGAAAGGGCUACAAGGGAGACCAGGGCAUAUGCCUGUGUCAGGAGACAAAAAAACCCUGCCGGAAGUGCCCUUUUGAAGGAAUUGGGGGCCGUGGUGAUUUUGGCAAACCUGGGCUUAACGGUCGUCCAGGCCAUAUUGGAGAACCGGGACCACGCGGCGAAUCCGAUAAACCCUUGGACAGCGUCCCUGGACGGAGAGGGUUUCCUUAGAGAGGACAAGACUCAUCUGCACAGGGGCCGCGGACUUGAGGGGUGAGGGAAGAGAACAGAGGGAGAAAGGGUGGGGUGGGGGGAGGGGAGUGGUGGAGACAGGACUGAGUAUCUUCACUCCCCACUCCCAUAAUUAAGUUCAUAAAAUUACGACUUUUUUAAAGUUGUUUUACUUGUAUUUUGGCAUGGGUCUCAUCUGAUAGGGUUUAAGAACCCCUGGAAUCUUCGUGUCCCCUGGAUCGGCGCCUUUUGUUCUGGGAUACUUCCCAUUAAAUCCCUAUCGUAAACAUUUACACCAAGUGAAGCAUACCUUCAUCCCCACCCCCAACAAAACCUGUUUGUAAUUUCGACAAGCUGACAAAAUGUACCACGUUUUGGCUUACUUAAUACUUUUCUAUCCACGUUGGAUUUCAUGUCGUAGUAUGAACAGGGCGUAUGGAGUUUGUAUUUUUUAGCCUUUGGGGGUAAAACAGUCCUUCUGUGUCAUGUGACUUGUGAAAAGUGUUAGACAACCUUUGUAGACAUACAUUUACCUAUUACUUCUACCACUGUGUUCCACAGGCACAAAUGACACGUUUUUCCUUUCCUUCUUAAGUUCACAAAUGUUCAGCUCCUCAAUUUUCUCCAUUUUUUGUCUUUUCUAAAUACCAUUUGCGAACCUUUCUGCGAACGCCCAUGUUAAAGUAAAUGUGAUCCUGCCAGAGUUGCCUAAGGUGUUUGACAGGUCACAUGAUACAUAAGGACAUUUUUUACCUUUAACGAUAAAAGAGCUUGAACUCGAGCCUCCCCCAUUGUAUGGGCCACAUUUUAGUGCCGUUCAGUGUUAUUAAUUGUGUAUAGCAUCAAAUAUUGUUUAGUCAAGACCUCAUGUAAUGUUGCUCUGUACCAUUUAUUUAUUUAAGCAUAGCAUGGUUUCAUUUAAUAGUUUAAGUAACAUCAAAUCUUGUACUCGCCACGACAUGACAAUGUGGCGCUAAACUUCUAUUAUCCAUUCAAAUGUUUGAGGCGCUAGACCCUCUGUACAAGUAGCGUUAUUUGCUUUAUCUUGUCUUGUACCCUCUAAACCAAAAUGCAGCAUUGUUUGCUUUAAUCAUAGUUGGUUGGAAACACUGGUCAGCAUCAAACACUGUAUCAUUUAGAGCAAAUGCAGCUGAGCAAUUUUUUUUUUAUAAUGUAGCAUCAAAUGUUACAGAAAUAAACUUACUCAGCCGUAU